UCCAAGAAAUUCAGUCCUAUCCUAGCAUCAUCCUCUGAAAGGGGGGGCCACUCCCCAGAGCCGGCUGCCGAAAAGCUGGGGUAGCCGAGAGACCAUGCAUGCAUAGCCGAGUGACGGACCGCCGGGCCCCAAGUGGAGCAGCUUCUUCCCCUGUGACAAGGGGGAGAAGGGAUGCGUCACACCAGACAGCAGCCUCAGCUGGGAGCGCAUGUGUUCCCCGGACCCGCCGCCUCCUGGCCCCGGUUCUCCAAACUGGCGGCGGCGGUGGUGGUGGUGUUGCUUGUGCGAAAGGCCCGAGGUCGGCUUGGCGAGCCGAAAGGCACAGGGAAGCUUCUUGCCGUGUUACCAUUGGCUGCAGAGGCCCUUGCCCGGACUAUUCCGGAAGGUUGGGACUGCCGGGGUGUGGGGCAAGUUCGUCCCCCCACAUUCACUAGAUCACCAGAUAGAUGGUGUCGAUAAUCCAGCCGUGUGCUCACUGGUAGACGACUUCACGGCGAGAUUGACACAAAGACGGGGAAGCAAUCAAGGAAGCAAUCAAGGAUUUGAAAGGGAAAAGAUCCCAAGAUGGCCAGCUUCGAUUGAAAAGGCUAAGAUUAAUAUGUAUAUCGAAUUGGGCUGCUUGAGCCCGUCGCGUCCGGCAGCAGAUCGCGUGAACCCUCUAUGCUCCCAUCUAUCCAACACCUGAAAAGCCUCCCCUCUCUAUAACGCUGCGCGCGGUUCGCGCGUCACCCCCUUUGGCCUAAUAAACGUGUCAAACGUUAACAACUGGGAUAUCGUAAAGUGGCCAAGCGGUGAAUCAUGUCUCGCCCUCGGCCGUCGUGUGAAGUUGCACAACCGAAGUGCCACCCUU